AUGGUGCCGGCCAAUCAGCCAACUUGCGAUGCAUCGUCCGCCAAUGAGAUGAACAACGACAACACAUCAACACAUCAGUAUGCUGUUGCAGCUGGUAGUCAGCCUACGUCAACUUCGUCAAUCCCUCAGUAUCAACCAUGUCAAGUACAGGUGGUUAAUUUGGCUACUGAUCUUGAUACUGCAGUAAACAGUAAUGAUCAAAAAUCGUAUAUAUUGAUACCGAAUGCACAACAAACAUUUCAGCUCGGUGGAAAUUCUCUGCAGGUAUUACCUAGUAAUGUUCAAGUGAUCAAUUUGAAUGAUGUUGCGUCAUACAUCACUUUGCCGAGUUCACCCUCGAUAUCUGUUAGCGAGCAGAGUCAGCAACCUUCAACAUCUUCACCUAUCGUAAGCUCGCCGUUUCUUUUCACAGAUGCUAAGGGAAUUGAUAUCGCAAAUGUGGUUCAACUGCUAACAACACAGGGAACGUCGAAUAAUCCUCUUGUCACCAAACCUGAUGAAGAACCUCUUUAUGUUAAUGCCAAACAGUAUCAUAGAAUUAUAAAGAGAAGAGCAGCUCGAGCAAAACUGGAAAGCGAGGGUAGAAUUCCUAAAGAAAGGCGGAAAUAUCUUCAUGAGUCCAGACAUAAGCAUGCAUUAACGCGAGUGAGAGGUGAAGGAGGAAAGUUUGAUCGUGGUUCACGUAGUUCGCCAGUCCCAGAUUCAUCACAACAACAGCGGCUAACGGAGCAAAUACGCACAGUGUUUCGACCUGCUUACAUUGAUUGUGGACCGUCCAAAAAUUCAGAAUCGCCAAACAUGGAUCAUCGAUAA